UAUUUAAGUUAAAAAAUAUAUAAUUAUACAAUGGAUAAUAUAUACAAAGAAACAUAAGACCCAUAUUUCUCUAACCGAGAAGAUGAUUGCCCUCAAAACCAUAUUUUCCCCUUCUUUCUAUCUUUCUACCAACACCACCACUUUUACUACUCUGCACCACCCCCACAACACAACAAGAAGAAGUUCUGUGUUUCUGUGUCUAUGCAGCACCAACUCCAAUGAUGAAUCUGAUAAUAAUUCAAAACCUCAAGGUGAUGUUCAAAGCCAAGAGUUAUUGGCUCAAAUCGCAAUGAUUCAGACACAAAAAGUUCGGCUAACGGAUUAUUUGGAUGACAGAUCUGAAUAUUUGACACAGUUUGGUGAAGAAGCUAAUGCUGAGAUUGAUAAGAUUGGUGAAGAUGCUCUUAAAGGAUUGGAUGAAGCAAGUGAUAGAAUAACGGCAAACAUUGAAAGCCAGAUGAUAGCAUUUGAGGAAUUUAAUGAACUAAACAGACAAGAGAUUGAGGAGAGUGAAAGCAAAGUAAUGGAAAUUGAAGGUCAAAUGGAAGUUGACAGAAAUGAAGGACUAUUCUUUAAGAACUUAGGCGAGAAAGGGCCUAAUGUUGAUAAGGCAAAAGCUAAAGAGGAAGCUGAAAAAAUGAAAGAUGAAACAAGAGAGAAAAGUGGAAGAAAAACAAUGAAAAAUGUUUCCUUAUUCUUCAUUGGACUUUUGACAUAUGGAAUAGUUGGUUCUAUUAAUGUCUCAUCUUUAGGUAGUACUGAUUGGAAAAGAGUUGCUGUUCUUGGUGCUAUUCUUGUGGCUUUGUUUUCUCAGUUCAUUUAUGAACAAAAUAAAGAUAAUGAUCAGAAAGAUGAUCAACAAUGAAGAGAAAGAAAAUAACUCAAGCAUGUCUUUGAUUUUUCUAUCAUAUUACAAGUUUCAGGUUCUGUAAAUGUGUAAUCUUAUGAUAUGGUAAGCUCUGACUCGACUCAUUGAUGUGUCCAAUAUUUGAUAGGUGUCAGAGAUCGACUUUGACAUGAUACCAACACAUAUGGUUUGUGGUUUCAUUAAAUUUUUUAUUCUUUUAAAUUA